GGCCCGCCCCGCCAAGCCCCGCCCCUCCGCCCGCUUGGCGCGGGCGCAACCACGGAACCGCUGUCCCCGGGCCAGCCUGGGGCGGCCGGCCCGAAACCACUCGAUAAGAUGGAAUCACUGAAUUCAUCACUUGACUCAGUAAUAGUUUGGAUAAGUUUAGCAAGGAAAGCUAAAAGUAGAUUUUGUUCUGUGGGAAGAAGAAAAAGUUCUGGAAAAUGGGAUGGUGAAGUUGGAGAAAGGCUUCUUUAACCCUCCUCCAGGAUGAACCCCCUGCAAGAAGACAUGGAGAACGCUCUCACAGGGAGUCAGAGCUCUCACGCUUCUUUGCGCGAUGUUCAUUCCAUCAACCCCUCACACCUCAUGGCCAGGAUCGAGUCUUAUGAAGGAAGGGAAAAGAAAGGGAUAUCUGAUGUCAGGAGGACUUUCUGUUUGUUUGUCACCUUUGACCUCUUGUUUGUAACAUUACUCUGGAUAAUAGAGUUAAAUGUGAAUGGAGGCAUUGAGAACACAUUAGAGAAGGAGGUGGUGCAGUAUGACUACUACUCCUCUUAUUUUGAUAUAUUCCUCUUGGCAGUUUUUCGAUUUAAAGUGUUAAUACUUGCAUAUGCUGUAUGCAGACUGCGCCACUGGUGGGCCAUAGCGUUGACAACAGCAGUGACCAGUGCCUUUUUACUCGCAAAAGUGAUCCUCUCAAAGCUUUUCUCCCAAGGGGCUUUUGGCUACGUGCUGCCCAUCAUUUCAUUUCUCCUUGCCUGGAUUGAGACGUGGUUCCUGGAUUUCAAAGUCUUACCUCAAGAGGCAGAAGAGGAAAACAGACUCCUGAUAGUUCAGGAUGCUUCAGAGAGGGCAGCGCUUAUACCUGGUGGUCUUUCAGAUGGUCAGUUUUAUUCUCCUCCUGAAUCUGAAGCAGGAUCUGAAGAAGAAGCUGAAGAAAAACAGGACAGUGAAAAACCACUUUUGGAGCUAUGAGUACUACUUUUGUUAAAUGUGAAAAUUCAUCACUGAAAGUCACUGGAGGAAAAAAAAAAAGACCAGAGCUGGGAUCUUGCUAUCGAAAGUUGAAGGUGACAUCCACUGCUGACUUUAAUGAACAGUUAAUAAAGAAUUUAUUUAUUGUAAUACCUCAUAGACAUUGUACCAGAUCACAUACAUUUAGGACCUGCUUGUGGCUGGUAAGAUAAUGUGAUGAUCCAUCCCGUGUUCAGUGAGACUGAGUCUGAUAUGUUCAUGAAUAGUGGGAGCAAAGUCUUGUGCUAUAUUCCUGAUCAAAAGACUUCUGAAUAUAUUGGAAUAACACUUUUUUAGUAAGCAAAAUAUCUUUUUAUUUGAUCCACAGUUUGGAAUUUUUUGUUUCAUGUCUCAGAUUUCUUUUGUAUUUCUUUUUUAACAUCCAACAUUUCCCUUGUGUUUUUUAACUCACGCUUAUGCGCUCUUUGUACAGUUUUAAAAAGUAAUAAAUACCAACAUAUCAAAAUGGUUCAUUUUAUUUUUCUUGUUUUUCAUUAUGUAUUUGGCAGUAUUGGAAUUACCAGAGGGGGCCAGGAGGGAAUGUAAGUACAUGUAUAGGGUAACCAGACAUUUUUGUAUUAUUUUCAUUAUGCAAUAGCAUCUUUCUUAUCAAAAUAGUGUGAGACUCUUAUUUUGAAUCCACAGUCUGAAAUCAUUGCCAUCAUUCUCCUUGUGUGACUAAUUUGAAUUAAAAUAAACUAAAUUAUAUUGUGAA